UAGCCUGAGUCACGGUAUACUCAUGACUGGUGUUGUCAUCAAUGAUUGCAGAUGCACGAAUGAGAUCUUGCACCUUCGGCUUCCGAAGAAGACGAGCUCUUGUUUUGGAUGUGUGAUGAAAAAGGAAACCAAAGGAGCAACACCGCAACAUUCGUCCUGGUCAAGUCAAUAUCAAGGAUGAAAGAUAAUGGCGCUGGAGGGACGAAACGAUGAUUUAUCUAUUGGGAGAAAUUUGCUGGUUUUGGCCCCCAGAAUCAGAAUUCACUGAAGUGUCAUCAUGAGGUUCUCGGAACAUGUCAACUUGCCAGGACCCAAUCAUGCCGGAGACAACUCCAGUGGCAAUGCAUACUUUGUUCUCACAAAGAAAACUUAGUUUGUAGCCAUUCACUUUGAAGCACUGAAGCAGCGCAACUUACUUAGUUUCAAGAAGCAAAGGCUCCAACAAUGAUGCCAACAAAGACGGUUCUCGUGUUUUUUAGCUGUUUGUGGGCUCUAUCCGACGGGUUUCUCCAAGUUAACCAGAAUCCACUGGGGCCAAACACAUCCGAUAGUUGGAAGAUUUCAUCGAGAUCCGUGACGAGACACUUGGGAAGCAAUGACGAGAAUGAAACAUCCGAUAACUCGCUGAUGACCCGACGAAAUCUGUUGCACGCCACUGCUGUACUGGCCUCGUCAUUGGCGUAUCCUCGUGUGGUCCAAGCUGCUGCUCCCUUGACCGAGGAAGAAGCCAAUAGUGUCAAAGCCAAGGCCCAUCGAAAAUUGAGACCCAAACCCGUUCAAACCCUUCGCCCAAGUCUUGACAAGGACUUUGCUUCCCUCUUUAUGACAUCUUCCUAUCAGUCCAUGGAUGACAUUGAUUGUGUUCCAAUGGACCAGUUUCAACGAGACUUUGCCAUUAUCCGUGACGCAGAAUACCAACAAUAUUCAAGUGACUUUGGCUCUCCCAUCAAUGUGGACAUGACCGACCCCAACUAUUUCGAUUUCCUGUCCUUUGCCCAGUAUGCCGCCAUCAAUCGAGAAGUCUCCUCGGAUGCCCCAUUUGUGUUUACGGAACAAAAACCAAUCACAAACACUAUCUCGGAUGUACUUCUUCCAGGUGGCCAACGAUUACAGUACGGACCCACGACUAUUGUCAAGAGAGAUGCUGCCCUGACAAAUGACAAACUUUCAUCGGAGCACAGUCACAGGGUGGCCUCUGCCAUUUUGGAUCACUUGGAUGCCACAUACGGAGGUACCAAGAACGCCCUGCCGUACCUUCCUCUCAAUACUCGACCCGGAUCGGCAACGCUGUUGGCUUCGCUCAACCAACUUGUGACCUUGUUCUUGAUGAAUGGAUACGCGUUUAGUGGCAGUGCCACGAUUGGAAAAGAAGGAAGAGCAUUUGGUGAUGCUUCUGGAACAAACUUUGUGCUUUCACUCACAGCUCCAGCCACUCUGUGGUCCGGGCAGGCUCUUCAACUCAUGGGCAAGACAGACAAGACCAUUCAGUUCCACAAUGAUUUCUUGCUCAAAACAGCCAAAGAGUUGAUGGCUCGAUGUGGCUAUCAAUUUACAGCGCAGACAAUGAACGUUGAAGGGGGCGCUCAAUCCGUCAACACGUUUACAAUCGGAUAGCUAUUGGCUUGAUGUUGGUCUUCAACUAAGCUCCUAGAAAGCCUUCAUUUGCACCUCAUCAGCGCAAAGAAAGUUUUCCUAUUAUUACAUCGUACAUUAUUACUGUAUUUGUUAGACAAUCAUGGAAAAUGUCUCCAGGGGAUAGAAUGCUUUCUUCUCUCAACUAUUAUAGGCGUCUACCGG